CUAUCCCAGACAAUUUAGCAUUUCGUCAACAAUUUGUCAAUAUUUGUUACGAAUUCUCUGAUACGCAAAUAAUUCAAGAUACCAUUUACGAAAGUAGUAUUCGUAAAGAUUUUGGCAAAAAUGCAGAAGCCAGAGCUUACAUUGCAGAAAGACAUUUAUUCUCUAUGCUAGAUGUAGAAAACCCCGAAUUCGAAGAGGCUGUUAAAAAUAGUGUCAACGAAUUUCAACAGAGCGUUGAGACUGCUGCUUCUUUAAAUCUCGUUUCAGAAAAAAUGUAUGUCGAAUGGAUCGAAUGGUUCCUAGAAAGUCACGAUUCCAAUUCCAAAAAUGCGCUUGAGAUUGCAAAACAAGCUACCGAUAUUUAUCCUCAAAGUUCAGAACUUUGGAUAAAAAGAAUUGACGUUGUAAUGUCCUUAGAAGAACUUCAAGAUAAAUCGGUAAACGAAUUAUAUGGAUUAGCAUUGAAAAAUAAUCCUGCAUCAGUGGUGUUGUGGGAUUCUUAUCUAUCCUGGAAUUUAUCAAAGUGGAAGGAUGGUGGCUUGGAAGAUCAUGAACUGGAAAAG